UCUGAUCCAACGGCUCAGAACGCUCCAAUCACGAUCCAACGGCUUGUGCCCAUUUAACACUCAAUAUAUUCCCGAGCGACAUUCACAUAAACCCUCCUAUCGAUCAAACGUUUCUAGGGUUUAGCCUCGAAGAGAGAGAGCCGAGCCGGUCGAGCAAGGUCACAGAAAUGGCUUUCUUUAGUAAAGCAGGGAAUAUACUGAAGCAGACUGUGACCAGACACAUCAAUUCUGAAGUUUGUGGAUCAACGCCGUCCAUCUUCCAAGUGAUGCGAUCGAUGUCUUCUUCAAAACUUUUUGUUGGAGGAAUCUCAUAUGCUACAGACGACAUGAGUUUGAGAGAAGCUUUUGACAAGUAUGGAGAAGUUAUUGAAGCUCGAGUCAUUAUUGAUCGUGAUACUGGAAGAUCCAGAGGGUUUGGAUUUGUUACUUACACUAGUAGUGAGCAAGCUUCUGCUGCUAUCCAGGCAUUGGAUGGACAGGAUCUUCAUGGCCGCAGGGUAAGGGUGAAUUAUGCAAAUGAUAGACCACGAAGUGGAGGGUUUGGCGGUGGUGGCUAUGGUGGCGGUGGUUUUGGCGGUGCUGGUGCUGGUGCUGAUGGAGGUUUUGGAGGUGGUGGCUAUGGCAAUGUUGGUAACUAUGGGGGAGGGGACAACUAUGGAAAUGCAGGUGGUUAUGGCGGUGGCAGUUAUGGAAGUGGAGGCAUGGGUAACAACAGUUACGGGGGCGGCAACUUUUCCCAAGGUGGCACUUCCCCAACCGCAACUGGUUAUGACAGUGUGAACAGUGGAAGCCAGAGUUCUGGUGUUGCUGGGGGUGUUGGUGGAAGCUUCGCAAGUGCUGGAUAUGAGGGGGAUCAGCUUGAUAGCAAUGAUAACGAAGCUGAGGAUGCUCCCGACAAUUUUGGUGAAGAUGGGAACUACAGAGAUGAAGAUGAUGAGAACGAUGAUGUUGCCAAUCGGAAGGCCUGAGAGAUCAACUAGAAAAGCUUGCAACCAUUGAGAAGAAUGAGCAUAAAGAUGUUUUAGUAUUAUUUUUCAUUCCCGUUUACCUAGUUUUUGUGCAUCUCGUCCUACCCCCAGUUCCUAUAUUCAGCUUGAUAAACUUUUAAGUUGGUGCUUUUUCUUUUUCUUUUUCUUUUAAUUUAUAAAAUUUUAUGUUGAAAAAUCCUAAUGUUAUAAAAUUUUCUGUUGGAUCUCCUUGAACGCAA